AUGGCAGAAUCACCUCUGGUUACGUUCAAAUGUGGAAAGUGCACCGCCACCGGCCCCAACGGCACCAAAAUUAAACCGGACCCUACCCCGGGCUACCUCUACCUUUACACUGGCGAAGAUGAACUCCUCCACCUCUGCUGGCGACCCCGCGCCCAAACCUCCACCAACCCCGAAAUCGACCUCCUAAUGCUACCCGGUGACGGUUCGUUUCACCCUUUAGUGAAGAACCCUGGCGCCGAGACAGUAGAAUCACCAACGACAGGCAGGAUCUUCGUGCUGAAGUUCGCAAGCAGUAGCCAGAGGCAUUAUUUCUGGAUGCAGAGUGCCAGUCAAAGUCAUACCGAUAGCGCGAGCGGAGGGUUAGGCAUAUUCAGUGAGCGCGACCAGAGGAUUGGGCAGUUGGUCGAUGCGCUUUUGCAGGGCGAGGAGGUGGAUGUGGAGGCUGAGGUGCGGGAGGCGAGGAAUGGCGGUGGUGGCGGCUCUGGGCCGAAUGGAGAUGCGGACGCAAUGGAUGUGGAUGACGGGGGCGUGAGGUUAGACGAGCAAGAAACGGGUGAAGCUGGGCAGAAUGCUACUGGAGGUGAUCCGAGAGACGAGGGUGAGGCGAGCAGAGAGGGCGGCGCGGAUGGAGGGCGGGCACCCACAUCCUCUUCCUCCCAAGACCCAAACACCCUCGUCCAAAACUUCCUCAACUCCCUCAACCGAGGCAGCAGCGGCGGCGGUGGCAGCGCCAAUCACCAGCCCGACGACCCCUUCACCACCCUCCCUGACCUCCUCAACAAAGUAACCACAGUCUCCUAUAUCGCUUCCGCCUCGGCAGAGCAAAUAGACCACCUUUGCACACUUCUCCCACCCGAGCUCUUCCUCCUCGCGCAAGAAUCAUUCUCCGACCCAUCAUCCUCCGACCCUGAUCCUACGCCCGCGGCGGGGCAGGCCGCGAUCGAAGCUCUAGACUUGUGGCAGAAGAAGGGUAUUCUGACCCGAGCGGUACGGAGUCCGCAGUUCAACCAGAGUUUGGGUAGUUUGACUGUGGCGUUGAGAGACGGUGGGUUACCUAUGAUUGGCGAGGCGCUUGGGUUGAAGGUGGAAAACGGAGGCGUAAUUAGAGGUGGGAGCGUGCCGUUGGGGGGUGGUAGGGCGGUGGAGGCGUUUGUAGAGGGGGUUCGAAGGACUGUGGAGGAGGAG